GAACCGGACAUGUGAUGUUAGUUCGCCUGAUUCCUGAGCUACAAGGCCAGAAAUAUAUAGAUAUGUCCCAUCAAGAAAAUGCAUGUGUAACCAUUUUCGAAGUCAGUGAUUACAUAGUCAUACAUGUAACAGAAUCAACAUGCAUAUACGGAUCUCAUCAUGGGAGCGAAUUACUAGAGUUUAUUGAACAUGCAAAUAAUAUAUGUCAUUGUCACCUUGUCAAUUAUUUUAUCGUUCAAUGCUUUUAUUUGUCAUUUUAAUCGCCUUUAACAAGCAACUUAGCACUAAUAAUUCUAUAGUUUGGUCAUCAUAAUCUGCAUGUCCUUGAACCAUAUUGACAAAUUCAAUUGUUACUCUCUAAUAAGUCGAAUAAGCCAAAAAUUAACUGCAUUUUUCCUAUCACUUCCAACUUUCAUUAAUAGUUUUUAGUUGUAACUUGUAAGCUUAAGUAAUUGCUCUUAAACACAAAUAUCCUCCUAUACAAAAUGAAGGAAAGACUCGAGAAGUGAAAUGGGACAGAAAAUUAAUAUUGUCUAAUGGCCUUCCAAAUUUUUGCCAAAUUUUCUACAUAAUUAUUACUAUAUAAAAUAGGGAUAAUUACACAACAGUAUGACUAGCAAAUAUAAUUUACAUUUGAGGGGCCAAAAAUAUAUAUUAAGGUUUAUAUAUUCUUAUUACACUCGAACAAACGUCUCAUGAAGUAUUUUUUUCACUCUCAUACAACAUAAAUUUGGGCAUUCUUCAAUCUUUCUCAUGGAAAGUCUUUCCUGCUUAACUCUAAUUUGUAAAAUCUGUUUAGUUUGUUCAAAUGGUAGAUUAAUGGAGAAGACCUCACACUUGAGUUGUUUCAUACUAUGUGUUAUUAUAUUGUAUUGUUCUGUAUUAUUUCAAUGAAUACAAUAUUCAGAUACGUUGUAUCAUUUUCCGUCAUUACAUAAUCUCACAUCCUAAUUUGAAGAAUAAACUUAUAAGAAAAAUAGAGUAUAAGGUAGAGCUGCAUAAAAAGAUUGGAUAAAAAAUAAAAUAUAAUUAUUAAAUAACAAAUACAAAAUGAGAAAAAAAAAUUAUUAGUGUUGAAAAGAUUAUUUUAUAACUAUUUAUGAGACCAAAUUGAGAGGGUCCUCAGAAUGUUUAUGGGGGCACAUCUUGGUAAUGGCGAACAUGACGUGAAGACAAAACAAAACAAAAGCAUUUGCAGAAUUGCUUUAUUUGUCAACAUUUCCUUUUCUCUUCCACAUAUAUUAAUCAAUUAAUUACAGUUCAAUUGUGAUCGACUAUAUGAAUCUUCUAUAUACAUCAAUGAUUCUUCAUAAUUUAUAUUUAUAUUUGUAGUCUGUCAACCUAUUCAACGCUCUUUGUUUUUCUUUCUGAAUGUUGUUGUCAUGCCACUCCUCUCCAAUCAUCAUUACUUGAGGUUAUGAAUUAACGUUGUUCAUCGUGUAUUAAAGGAAAAAACUUAAAGUUGUGAAAGCAUUGAUUUUGGGGGCUACUCUAAGAUUUAGCAUAUUGGACAAACUAUGGGGAAGCCAACUGGGAAGAAGAAAAGUCAUGUAGAAUCAAAGUCCAAUGCUGGAAAUGUGAAGCAUGGCAAAGCUAUCGCAGAGCAUAAAUCCAAAGCAGUUGAUGAGGACACAGCUGUGUUCAUCAAGAUGUCUAAAGAAUUGAAGGAAGAAGGGAACAGGUUCUUUCAAAAGCGUGAUCAUGAGGGCGCCAUGUUGAAGUAUGAGAAGGCACUCAAAUUGCUUCCUAGGAACCAUAUUGAUGUUGCGUAUUUGCACAGCAACAUGGCUAGUUGCUAUAUGCAAAUGGGGCGUAGUGAGUUUCCAAAAGCUAUAAAUGAAUGUAACUUGGCACUUGAAGUUGCUCCCAAGUAUAGCAAAGCUUUGUUGAAGAGAGCUAAGUGUUAUGAAUCAUUGAAUAGGCUUGAUUUAGCUUUAAGGGAUGUGAACCAUGUCUUGAGUGUUGAACCUAACAAUUUGACUGCUUUGGAGUUUGCAGAAAAGGUUAAAAAGGAAAUAGAAGAAAUACUUAAUGUUGAAGAUAAAAAAGUAGCCUUAGAUAAAAAAGUAGCCUUACCCCUUCCACUAUCUACCAAUGUUGUAAAGGAUAACAUGAAAAAGAAGAAGAACAAUAAAUUUGAUGACAAGAGGAUAGUUGAGAUUAAGGAAGCUAAGAUUGAUGGAGUCGAAGGAAAUAACGCCGAGCACAAGGGGGUAGUGGAGGAGAAGAGAAGCGUCCAGGGAGAAAAAACAGCGACAAGAACAGUGAAGUUGGUUCUCGGGGAGGAUAUAAGAUGGGCACAGUUACCAGUUGGUUGCAGUUUUCGACUUGUGAGAGACAUAGUUCUAGAUCGAUUUUCAAAUUUGAAGGGUGCACUUAUCAAGUACAGGGAUCAAGAAGGUGAUUUGAUUACUAUCACGACUACUGACGAGCUCAGGUUGGCUGAAUCAUCUGUUGAUCUUCAAGGUUCUUUAAGACUAUACAUCAAAGAAGUUAGUCCAGACAUAGAACCUAUGUAUUUGAGCAUUGAAGAAGAUGUGAAACUGAGCAUUUGCAAAUCAACUAUAGUCAAAAAGGAUGGGCGCGUGGAGGAGGGGACGGAACUGAAUAAAGGGCCAACUUGCCCUGAAAACUGGGUUGUCCAAUUUGCAAGGCUAUUCAAGAACCAUGUUGGAGUUGAUUGUGACUCGUAUCUGGAUCUUCACGAGACAGGAAUGAAAUUAUAUUCAGAAGCUAUGGAGGACACUGUUACAAUUGAAGAAGCAGAAGAACUUUUUGACAUUGCUUCAGCUCAGUUUCAAGAGAUGGCAGCUUUGUCUUUGUUUAACUGGGGAAAUGUACAUAUGUCCAGAGCAAGAAAGGAAGUACGUUUCACAGAAGAGGGUUCUGGGGAGACGGUGUCAGAGCAGAUUAAAUCUGCAUAUGAAUGGGCAGAAAGUGAAUAUGAAACUGCAGAAAUGAGGUACGAAGAUGCUCUUAGAAUCAAGCCAGAUUUCUACGAAAGCCUUCUUGCACUUGGUCAGCAGCAGUUUGAACAAGCAAAACUCUCAUGGUACUACUUGGUUGGGAGUAAAGUUGAGUUAGAGGCAGGAACAUGUGCAGAGAUCUUGGAGCUAUAUAACAAGGCUGAGGAUAGCAUCGACAGAGGGAUGGAAAUGUGGGAAGAGAUGGAAGAACAACAACUAAAUGGACUCUCAAAAUAUGAGGAACAUAAAGCUCAAUUGCAUAAAAGGGGGUUGGAUGGUAUACUUAAACCAGCUGAAGAAUCUAAAGAGCAGACUGAAAACAUGAGGUCUCAGAUUUACCUUUUAUGGGGAACCAUGCUCUAUGAACGUUCUGUGGUCGAAUUUAAGAUAGGAUUACCAACCUGGGAAGAAUGUCUAGAUACUGCAGUUGAAAAGUUUGAACUAGCUGGAGCAUCUGAGACUGAUAUUGCAGUCAUGAUAAAGAACCACUGUUCCAAUGAAACUGCUCUCGAAGGGUUCAAAGUUGACGAGCUUGUACAGGCAUGGAGUGAGCUGUAUGAUACAAACAAGUGGCAGACUGGGGUGCCAACUUUCAGGCUAGAACCAUUGUUCCGUCGUCGGGUUUCAAGCCUUCAUUCUAUACUGGAAAAUAUUUGAAUUGCAAAGCUUAUGAUUAAAACAAAGUCUAUUGGUAUCACCUCAACAAGUUUAUGCGGUGAUAUACUUCCCAAGUAAAUAUAUUCUUUCUGUAAACUAUUGUCUUCAUGAUCUACUAUUUGCUUUUGAAGCAAAAUAGCUGUUACAUCACUGAAUUCUCGGAUUUUGAAGCCAUUGGUUUGUUCUAGAUGUGAAGGUGUCUGUACUAUCAUUGGGUUCUACGGUUUUUUGGUAAUUUUGCAAAGUAGUUCUUUCUGAUUGCAUUAGUUGCAUUCAAUUUUUCACACAGCAAGUAAACUAUAACGCUGGAUUUGUAAGUCUGUUGUAUAUAGAAAACUGCACAUUCAGUUUUCUUCUUUAUUCAAUCCUACAGAUUUUGUAUAUGUAUUUUUUGGAAAUUGUCCCCAUUAUAUAUACAUAUCAUAUUUUA